AUGCCUUUCCAAAAUAUUGAGAAUUUCUCCUUAUCUGAAAAUGAAAUGAUGAAUCAAAUAUCAUUAGAUUCUCCAAUCAAUUACCUAAAUUCAUACAAUCUCAACAACAACAAUAUUAAUUUACAACAAGACAUUAUAAACAACGAAAAUGACCCAGAAUAUAGUAAUUUUCAUAACCUGAAUAAUACCGACGAUUUUGAAUUGACAAAUUCAGUUAACAUGUUUUCCAAUAUUUUCACGGGAGUCGCAGCCAUGACUUGUAAUAUUAAUGAAGAUAAUAACCAAUUGGACAAUUCUAUCUCCCCUUCUUCGUUUUCUUCUGUUUCUUCAGAAUCUUUAUCUUCUUUAAUUGACGGCGAUCGUAACGAUAACAAUGCGUCUCCUAUCUCCGAAGAAAAUGAUCUCGUGACCAGUGGUAAAAAUAAAAUUCUGACGUCAUCAAAAAAUGCUACCACUACAACAACAAUUUUCAAUGACGUGAACAAUAAUUCAAAGAUUACAAUCGAAUUUCCUCAAGUAUACGAAGAGAAUUCCAUAAAUGAUUUUUUGACUCCAGUGUCAUCAAUUACUAUGUCGUACGAUGAUUUAUUGUCUCAGAAUAAUUUGAUAUUUUCUACUGCAAUCUCAACCAACAGUGACACGACUUCUACUGCUACUGAAAAGAAGCAAGAUAAGGUUAGGGCAAAGGUCAAGAAAUCAAAGAAAACUGUUUCGAAAAAGAAAUUGAAGAAAUGUGUUCAUAGUCAUACAAUUGCUAGUAUAACAAACAAUUUGAAAAAAGUGUCUGAUUCAAGACUUUCAGCUCAGGGUCUUGCUCAAGUGUUACAUCUAGACUCUUCAGAAGAGGCUCUACAACGAGAAAAAUAUAUUCUUCAUAUAUUUGAACACGAGUUACACUACCCAUUGGGCUACAAAACAUGGAUCAGAGAUACUGACAAAGCUGAAAGAAUUGAUUUGAUCAACGAUUUAUAUGAUAGAGUAAAAUUUAGAUACCCAGAUUAUAACCCUGAAAUUUUGGAAACAAUCAUUAGGAGGGCGACUUAUUAUAUGAUGCAAAGUAGGUUGAGGAGGGAGAGGAGAGCCAAAUGCAAGAAUAAGGACCAAAACGAAUGA